AUGUUAUUCGACUGUAUCGAGAAGAAUCUCAAAACCUGGUUCGGAUUUUUCGGCUGUUUCGUGUCCCGCCACGAGGUUUUCUUCCUGGUCGGACCGCUGUGUUUAAGCGGACUGCUCGGGGCAGGUCUCAGCCACGUCCGAACCGACUCCCACAUCGAUGCGCUGUUUUCUCCGUAUAACGCACCGGCUAGAAAGGAGCGGGAGGCGCUGGGAGAACUGUUCCCCGUGCAGGAACCGUGGGAGUACCGGAACCCGGUUCAGCACGGAGAUGGAAACUACGUACGGGUCGUGCUGACUUCACCGGGAGAAGGCAACAUCCUAACCGAGAGAUAUCUCCACGACGUAUGCGCGUUCCAAGACGGCGAGUGCGUCGGCGAAGACUUCCGCCGCCUUCUCCAUGUCUUAGACAUCAGCCAAGGCUCCUUAUCCUACCCAGUAACCUUGCUUGAAGACGGAAGGAGGUUAUUUGUAGGAAACCUUCUUGGUAGGAUCGUACCAGCCCCGAUUCGGAAUCUCCUAACCUCCGUGGCUUCAGCAGGCGCUGUGCAGCUGAUCUACUACCUCAGAACAAACGACAGUCUACACGACCACGUCUCCAAACUCUGGGAAGACCAAGUGGAGAAGAAACUUCUUGGACUCAAUCCUCCGGACUUGAGACUUGCGGUGUCGACGUCUCGGACUUUGGAGAGGGAAUACUUGGAGAACAGUGCCGGGAUUUCGCCAAGGUUUGCAGGUACCGUGCUGCUGGCAGUUUUCUGUACGGGCGCCCUGUGUUUCACCGCCGACUGCGUGCGAAGCAAGCCGCUGCUCGGAGUGGGCGGAGUGGUCACCGCGUGUUUCUCCGGGCUCGCUUCGGCAGGCCUCAUCAGUCUCUGCGGCGGGGCCUUCACUACCACACUGGUACCUCUACCCGUACUGUUACUGGGGUCCUCGUUCCACGACACGUACUCUAUGCUGUCGUCAUGGCGACAGACGAACGAGCGCGAUGACGUCAGGACCCGGAUGUCGGAGACCUACCGGCGCGCCGUGGUUCCCAUGGUCUUCACUUACGUCAUCCAGGAGGACUACUUCACAGAGUUCGGGCCACGGAUUGCGGUGAUUUUUCGCGGAGAGUUACGCUACUGGGACCCUGCGGUACAGGAAGGCCUUGAAAACCUCACCAGGACUUUUGAGGCUAUCCCUUACGUUUCAGCACCCGAUACAGACGCCUGGUACCGAGACUACCGCGCCUACCUGCACACGUUCGUCGGCCGAAAGCGCGUCGACCGACAGAAGUACAUGAAAAGGCUUCAACGCCACUUUCUCAACACCACGGCUUUUUACAGAUACAGGAACGACAUCGUCUUCAAAAACAACCGAAAAGGCAUCAUUGGAAGCAGGAUUUUCCUCCAAACCAAGAAAACGGCAAACUACGAGGAGUUAAUCGAAGUUAUGAACUCGGCAAGAAAAGUUGCCAGAGAAAGCGACCUAAACGUGACUGUCUACAACCCUGCUUUCAUGUUCCUAGACCAGUUUGCGCCAGUUUUACCCGAAGCGUUGGAAAAUCUUGGAAUCGCCGGUUUCUGUUUCUUAGUUUUCGCGUUGUUCACAGUGACUAAUUUUCGUAGUAGCAUGUGGGUGGCGUUCUUAACCAUGUCUGUUAUGACAGGCCUCAUAGGCUUCCUGACGGUCCUGGGUACUAACCUCGACGCAGCCACGUUAGGCUAUUCAGUCUUCGCUGCAGGAUUCUGCAUCCAGGCUACUUCCCCGAUCGUGUUUGCGUUCGUGCGCGCGCAAGGCCCGACUAGGACUAGUUGUAUGCAGUCAACGCUUGUGUAUUACAGUAUGCCGGUUGUGCAAACGUGUUUUACACUAAUGUUUGUAGUUCUACCGUUUACUACAGCACCGUCCUAUAUAUUCUACAGCCUGUUCCAAGCGGUUUUUACGCUGUGCGCACUAGUGGUGCUUCAUGCUGUGGUUGUUAUGCCCGUUAUCAUGACCGUCGUGGGGCCAAAUAAGGAAGAGGAGCUGUCUGACUCAGCUGCAAGCACGCCAAAUAAGGAGACGUCGUCUGGACCGUACCAAGUAUCGGCCGUUUGA